GAACGUUUGGAAACCCCCUAACUUUCCCGAAAAUUUAACGAUUGACAUUACACGACUAGGAGCUCUGUCUUUUAAGAAAAGUUCCAGGUCCGGACGUCAGUCAGAUUUGUCGAUUUUACCGAGGAGUUUGUUAUCCAAUUCAUAUAGAAAAAAUGGCUGAUGUAGAAGGAGGUAGCUUACAACCAGACGAUGAGACGCACGAAAUCAUAUUACAGACUGAGCGACUGUCGAACAUGCAAGUCGAAAAUACUGACGGAGGAUUCGUCUUCACUGUGACUGACAUGACUCGACUUCUUCGCUUUCUUAUCCUUGGUACCGAGGGAGGCGUGUAUCACUACGAUGAGAAGGAUUUGAAACGAGAUAAUAUCCUCAGUAUUGACAGACUGAUCAUCCAAGGCAGGGGAGAGGAAGUCGUGAAGCAGAUCGUACAGGUCAGUAAGGCUGGACGCGCCUGUAAACAGAACUGCACGGUUUAUGCCCUUGCUAUUUGUGCCAGGUCAAACGACCCUGACACAAAAAAGGCAGCAUACGAAGCACUUUCCACUAUUUGUCAGAUCCCUACUGACUUAUUCGCUUUCAUCAAAUACUGUGAGGAAUUCAGUGCUGGGACAGGUUGGGGCAGGGCACAUCGUCGCGCCAUCGCAAACUGGUACAACAAUUUCAAGGAUAACGUCACAACACUUGCCUACAAGGUGACCAAGUUCCGCCGACGUCAUAACUGGGAACACAAAGAUGCUAUUCGUCUAGCACACGUUAAUCCUGAAUCGGAAUCUAUCCGACUGAUCAUCAAGUACCUUGUCGCAGGACUAGGUGAGGCCAAAAAGCUACAAAUGCCAAUUAAUGCAGAUGAGAUGGAAACCUGGCAGAAGGUGUAUGUUUAUCUUGAAGCAGUAGAGAAGGCUCUACAAUGUACGGAGGAAUCUGAUGUUGUGGAGUUGAUAAAGAAACAUGGUCUGGUGCGGGAACAUGUGCCUACACCCUUACUCAAGUCAGUACCAGUGUGGCAAGCAUUACUAAAGGAUAUGCCCAUGAAUGCAACUAUCCGCAACCUUGGCAAAAUGGGAAGUCUUCAGAUGAUAGAGGAGGGGUCUGAAGAGGAGAGAAUAAUAGUCGAAAGACUUCAAAAUCAAGCAAUCCUCAAGAAAUCCAGGAUCCAUCCUUUCAAGAUCUUGGUUGCAUUGAAGGUUUACGGCAAAGGUGUAAGUGAAAAGGGAAAGCUUACUUGGCCUCGUAACAAGAAUGUCGUUGCAGCUCUGGAAAAAGCUUACUACAUGUCUUUUGAUAAUGUGGAGCCAACCAAGAAGAGGUACUGUCUGGCAGUAGAUGUCAGUGGAUCAAUGGAUACUCCGAUGAUGGGUAUAGAGUCGAUGACGGCCCGGGAAGGAGCUGCUGCUAUGAUGAUGGUCACUGCCAGGACAGAACCCGACUACAAGGUUUACGCCUUCUGUCACAAGCUUGAGAAGCUACGUAUUCAGAAGGAGGACAAACUGAAGAAUGUAUACGACAAGAUGUCUUCCCUGAGUUUUGGAUCCACCAAUUGCUCCUUACCUAUCAUACAGGCCCUUGAGGACAAGGAGAAGUUUGAUGUGUUCAUAGUGUACACAGAUUCGGAGACCCACUACAGCGCAAUACAUCCCAGUCAAGCAUUGCAACAGUAUCGAACCAAAACCGGAAUAAAGGAUGCUCGGAUGAUUGUUGUUGGUAUGGCCAGUACUGGAUUCACCAUUGCCGACCCUGUAGACAGAUUCAUGAUGGAUGUUGUGGGAUUUGACUCCAAUGCUCCGGAGGCCAUGAGGAGUUUUGUGGAGGGACAGUUUUAGCUUGUAUAAUGUAAAUGUUAUCACAUUUUCGAAAGUGAAUUUAGGACUUCGGAAGGAUAAAAUAGUUAUAAUUAGAGGAAGUUUGGUAUUGUAACAAUAUAAAGUCAGAUAAUUAGAGGAAGUUUGGUAUUGUCACAAUAUAAAGUCAGUCUCAUGAAAACUGGUGUGUAUAUUCAAAACAAGUUGAACUGUUUUAUUUUUAUGCUCAAAGAAAAAUAGUGUAAUAUGUAUAUUUAAAAUAGGUGGCUUUGCUGCAGGCUACUCUUACUUGAGGUCUUCAUAUAUUAGAUGUUGGAGUAAAAUGUUCAUCACUUCUUAAUGAUUUUAACAUACUUUUAUUGGCUGUAAAGCAAUGUUAAAGAUGUAGUAUAAUCAUCUGUGAUCUAAAACAUCAUUUUUAUACAUAUUUAUUCGUCGCGUAUUCAAAACUGUUUCCACCUAAAGCUUUAGCCUUAUCGUGCAAAAACAUCAACAUCAUAGAAGUUACUGGUGACACUGAAUGAGCAUGAUUUAUCUGGUAUAGUUUGUGUACAUAUGUCAA